AACAGCAAAGCUACAUAUGCCCAAAUCACAUUCUUUCUUUUUAAGCAUUACACUAAAGCUCUUUCUCUCUCCUAAUUAUGGCAGUUGUGGAUGAUUCGACGCGACGGAGUGAACUCUUCUGCCGUGUUGUUUUCUCUGGCGGAGCCCCCCUGGUCCAUCGUACUGGAGCGAUUCGAGAAGAACACUAGUCUCAUAUUCUAUUCUUUGUGCAAUAAUGCUUAUAGAUGAAGUGCUUCGUUUCCGCGUACAGUAGACUCCUUGUUCCGCUCAUCCCCUUUUAAGUCCUCUCACUCUCAGGGACGGAUAGAACAGCAGAAUGUGUUGGGUUAAGUCCCGCAACGAUCGCUACCGGACAACGCGCUACAUACAAUGUUUCUUCUCUUUCUCAAUCUGGGGUUUGCCUGUUAAAGUCAGAAACAAGAUACUCUAUGUAAAGGCUUUGGAACUUUGAGUAAAUUUGCUUUGUAUGGAGACACUUGUCGAUUUUGUGCAAUGGCUUGAAAUUGACGUAUCUCUGAACAUUCUGAUGCGUUUGAAUGAUCCAGCUGAUGUGGUCCGUGCUGGCUCCGUUUCACACCUUUGGCUCCAAUUUGUGGUUACUAAUGGACUUUCCAAGCAACUGUGUCUGAGAAAGUUUCCGCAGCUUUCUAGAAUUUCACGUAUAAGAGAACUAGAUUUGGGAAUAGCAGAAGGAAAAGAUGUAAAAUCUAGCAAUUCCAGUUGGGAGACUCUAAAAAGAGACCAUAAUGUUUAUGCUUCUCUACUUCAAGCUAUUGAAACAUCAAACUCAUGCCAAAGUGAUUGCAUAGAUUAUGAAGUCAGCGCUUCAAGUACGGACGAUUAUCAAGUAAGUGUUUGGAAUACUCUGGUUCCAACAGAUAGAAACCAAAAUCAACCUUCAUACUGGUCAAGCAUAGGGGACAGUGAUCCCAAUGCCCCAGAGACGCUAAUUUACAAAUUGAAAGCUGAUCUUUGCGUCAUCACUGAAAUUAAUAUACAACCUUUGGAAGUGUAUUCCCAUCCAGGCAGGGCCAUAUGCUGCCCAAAAUCUGUUCGAUUUCGAUUAGGACACCCCAAAUCCUUAAGAGAUAAGAGGCGUCUCCUGCACUGGCACCCUGAUCAACCUGCUGAUGACAAGUUUAUAUGGACUUAUACCUCGGAAGAAUUCCUUAUGAGACAGGAAACCCAGUUGCAGCAGUUCAAGCUACCAGAACCAGUGCUUUGUAUUGGUGGAUAUCUUCAGAUUGAACUGUUGGGCAGAGCUCUGAGAUGUGAUGUCGACUUGUUUAUCGACGACUUGUUUUACAUAUGCAUUCGUCAUGUGAAAGUUAGAGGACGGCCACUCACUCCUGCCUUUUACGCACAUAUCAUUCGACCGUCUGGAGACUUUGUGCUCGAGUACAAAAGAGAUGUUUAAUCUAUGUUGCAAAGCUCGUGUCUUCAACACCAAAAUGUACCACCUCCAAUACUCUACUGAAUUAUUUAUACCUGCCGGUUUUGAACAAUGAUGAGGACACUUAAAUGUAUGAAACAGAAUUUUUGUGACUUAACGUUAUGAUUUUCUUUUCUUUUAUGUUUCUACAUUACUUUGCAAGUAAAAACCGUCCAUUCUCUUUGAUGGUUUGUUACUA